CCGGGCCCGCCUCCCAGAUCCCGCCCCGCCUGCUCUUCCUCGCCGCCCGGCUCCUCGGUCUUGUCGGUCCCCCUCCUCCUCCGACCCGCGGUCCUGACUCUCUCUCCCUCCUUCCCUCAGAGGAUGUCCUCCUUCCAGCUCAACCUCAACCCGCUCAAGGAGCCGCUCGGCUUCAUCAAGGUCCUCGAGUGGGUUUCCAGCAAUUUAUUGAUCUUGGGGAGUACAAAAUUUGAAAUUGCACGCCUGCUUCGUUUGUAAGUGGUGAUCAUUGCUACACAGGCUGUGGUACAUAGACCAGUGCCUGUUUGCAAACUGUCUUCCUGGCCUGUGAUGAAGUAUAGAAAAUGAGAGUUGAAUGAAGCAUCAUUUGAUGCAAUUCCAGAUGCAAACGUGUGUGAUAUAAAUUGGAAAAAUUAUGUCCUUAUUGGAGAUUACUCUUCUUCUGCACAAUUCUACGUUACAUUUGCAGUCUUUGUCUUCCUGUACUGCUUAGCUGCCCUUCUGCUCUAUGUUGGUUAUACGAACCUAUAUCGGGAUAGUCGAAAACUUCCCAUGAUUGACUUCGUUGUUACUCUUGUUGCCACUUUUCUGUGGUUGGUGAGCACUUCAGCCUGGGCUAAAGCUCUCACAGAUAUUAAAAUAGCUACCGGUCCCGGUAUUGUCAAGGAACUUCAGCCUUGUAACCAUCAAGUGACGUGUUAUUUCGGCUCUGUGACUAGUAUGGGAUCCCUAAAUGUGUCUGUGAUCUUUGGCUUUCUGAAUAUGAUACUUUGGGGAGGAAAUGCGUGGUUUGUGUACAAGGAGACCAGUUUACACAGUCCAUCAAAUACUUCUGCUUCCCACAGCCAAGGAGGUAUUCCACCUCCUUCUGGAAUAUAAUUAAAGGGAAAAAUACACUGUAUGAAACAUAUGUCUAUACUUUGACCUGUUGCCAACAUCUUGAGAAGCAUUAUUUGUUUCUAAUAAAAGUAAUGGCUUUUUCAAUAAAUUGGUGGGUUUGAAAUUUUGCUGCUUUUUUAUAUAAAGCCUGUGCCUUUCCUAGAAAUUUAAGAUGUAAAUGUAUUCUCACAUGUAAAUUUGAAAAUUCAGGGGCCUAUUAUGAGAUGAUACACAUUUUUAAAUGACUGGUUAUUUCUUUACUAAGUUGUUUGCCUUCCAAAGUGUUUACACCUUAAGCCUUAACAUAUGUCUUCACUCAGAAAAGAGUUACAUUGUCAUAUCAUAAUAGGAGGAAAUCUCUAUUUGGAAUAUACACUACUGUAAGUUUGUACAGAUCAUAUAUCUAAGACCUGUCUUUGUUUGAGAAAGCCUUGAUUACAUAAAUCAUAUUUAGAAAAAACAUUUAGUUCAGAAUUUGUAUCUGAACAUUGUUUAUAUGUUAUGAAAAACUUUUAAUUGCAAAGACUGGUUGUAUGUUUUAUUUCUGUUUUUCUAAGUGACCUACAGUACUUAAUAGGUGUACUAAAUUUGUUUUGGAAAUGGGGUUUGGAAAUUUCUGAUAGAUGUAUAGCUAAGUUAGUGAUUCUUUUGCAUGAGGCAGAAGCUUCCAUUAUGCUGGUUGUUUAAUAGACUUGCUAUAGAAGUAGAAAGAACGUGGUUCAACUCGGGAUUUUGAUAUGUCUGGGCAUUACUCUCAGUGGUAUUUGUCUGCUGUCCUUUGUUGCUCAUGCCACUUAAGUGCAGGCUGAGACCUAGUCUCCUUGCAAGCAGAAAAAUAAGCCACCUGUUCUUGCAGACCCUUUUAUAGGGUUAAAACAAUUAAGAUUGCCUUUCACUUUUGAAACAUUUAACCUUUAGAUUCAAUGAAGUUACUAUUUUGAGUGUGUAGCAUUGAUAUUGUGAAAAUAAAUGCAAUUUGGAUUUCAUGUUUCUUCAUGUUCAUUCUUCUUGCACAAUUGGAUGAUUAAGGAAUUAUGCAUCAUAAACAAGAAUUUAAGUGAGCUGUAUUAUGGGUGCACUGUCUUUGCACACACAUUUGGGUAUAUUCUGAAUGCAGGGAUUAUUCACAUUUUGCUUUCUAAUCUUUUUGUUGUACAGGGCCAGAUUUCUCAUUCUUACCACAUGACUGUUUAUAUGUGAAGCACAUCUUGCUGUUGCUUUAUUUUUGUUGCUUUUGUUCAUGGCAAGAAUUGUCAGUAUGAGAAUGUAUAUCUUUUAUGCAACAAACUUAAUAAAGAAGUUAAAAGAAA